UUGGAUUAGUCAGAAAGCAUUUUUGUACCAUUUACACUAGACGUAGUUCAACUGGAAAUAUUUAGAAACAAAUUUUCUAAUACUGUUUUUUUUUUCCUCAUUUUGAUCAUAAAAAUCGUUUACAAAACAGCGUUGAUUUCCGAAACUUUAGCUAUGAGUUCGCCGCCUUCUGUUCGUGGUAAUAAAGCUUUCUGGCUAAGGUCAGGUGGAAAGGUGGAAAAGCCAGCCCCAGCCAAAGCUACAUGGGCUCGCACUUCUCCAUGUGGCGGUGUCUUCUCUACUCCUCCCGUCGACAACUGCGACGAGAGCCCAAACAAAAGUAGGCUCAGUCGCAUUCCAACUAGGCGUGGAGCGAGUCCGUCGUCUAUCCAAUUGCGAAAAACUUCUCUGGAGCGGCUUACUUCUUCGCCGAAUAUGCGCCCGUGUAUCAGUACGUAUUCGUUGCCCAAUCGACGGGUCGAGCCCGAGCAUAAUGUGGUUGAGCCCGAUCGGAAAACUGAUAUCGAUGAGUUGAAUCCCCCCAAGCGGAAAGUGGUUCCAGCAAGGACCCGUGUCCACACGACGCCAGUCGAACCUAAUCAAAUCGGCAAGAAGACUGAAAAGGGGUCGCAUCUCCGUGUCCUGGAGUUGAACCGGAUGCGGGUCUUUGAAACGCAGAAGAAAAAACUGGAGAACUUGCAGUCCGAGUUUAUGCACAAGAUCCGUUUAAUGGGUUCAGAUCUCCGGAAUCAAGGGGUCUUCAAGUUUGUGGGUAUGACUGUAAACGAUGAAUGCAAGCUCGUGGUCCACCAAGAUGAUCUACUUCGAUUGCCCAAGAUUAUUCCCUCUGAGAGUAUAAAUGACUUGAAAACCAGGUGUCGUGCGAUUGUAGAGCAGGGGGUUAUGUUGGUCUACGACCAUAUACCAAGAAUUCAGAGGGCUCAAAAUGAUCUCGAGGCCAGCGAAAAGCGUGAGGAAACUCAAUCAAAGUUGUCUAAGCUAGUGGAAGAAAAAAUGACUUUGCUCGUCGAGGAGAUCGAGAAGUUGUGCGGUGCAGGCUCCAAACACGAAUCACCCAACAAAAGUCUUUACCGCGAGAUAGGAGAGCUGCGAUCCCAGAAGCAGGCCAUGGAGGUUCGUUACUUUGACGCCCAGAAGGAGCACACUGAACAGAUCAACCAGUUGCGAGCUGAUCUCGACGCCAAGCUGAAACAGGAGCUGGCCAGUCGAGAUCAGAUCAUUGUGGAGCUGAGAAAGAGCCUGCGGCGAAGCGAGGAUAUGCUCAAUGAUCAGUCCAUUCGAUUGGCCGAGAACAAUUCCAAGCUGUUGACAGAGGAUUCCACCAUCGAGGUACUGCGCUCCGAGGUAGCCAGGCUCAUGGCUGUAAAAGAGCAGAUGGUUCAGCGUCUCGAAUCGGCGGACGUGGGUCUGGAGCGGGCCCGAAAUUCCGUCGAUAAGAACAUGAAACAGAUCGACUACCUGGAGUGCGAACUGAAGGAGGCCCGUGAGCUCAUCGUCCAUCUGCAGAAGCGUCCGGAUGCCAUGGACGCGGGCGUGAAAGAGAAGGAUUUGAUCAUUGCCGAUUUAAAACUGCAGCUGCAAGGACUCGAGCAGCACAAGAAGGUCAUGAACAAACAGGUGGCCAAUACCAUAAAGCAGCAUGCCGACUUUGAAGAGCUGGGUAAACACUAUAAGGAGGCUCUACAGCAGAUAAGCGAUCUAAAGGAGACCCUAAAUGGUACCAAUGCCAAACUGGAUAUGCAAUCCAAGCUCGAAGUGCAGCUCCGCAAGGAAGUGUCCAAGAUGCGAGAGCAAUCGGUGAUCGAUCAGAAGUUGCUGCGCGCUCGCAGCGAAUUGAUAGCGACACUGCAGAAGAAUGGCCAGGAUAGCAGCACCAAGCUAGACCAAAUGUACUAUCAAGUUAGCGAGAAAGACACACUUAUCAAUCAGGUAAACAACCAGCUGAUGUCGAAGGAGGAGGAGUUCCAGAAUCUCUACGGGACCCUUACGCACAAACAAAUUGAAGUUAGGAGGCAGGAGCAUAUCAUCAAGUUGCUAAAGGAGCAGAAUUCACGGGUAUCAUUGUUGCGAGCCAAUCAGGACGAGCGGAAUGCCACGAUGGAGGAGGAAAUCAUUAAUCUUAAGAACACAAUCCGUGAUUAUGCCAAACUAAUAGUUUGCAAUAUUGGUCAACAUUUUUUUGAAGUUGUGCCGGCUGGCGAAGGCAUUAGGAGCUGUGGCCACCGUCAGCGCGUGGUCUCUUCCUUCAGGUUUCUGCAAGAGCCCAAUCUGCAGGACGCCAAUUUGCAAGACGCCAAUCUGCAAGACGCCAAAAAGCAGGAGGCCAACCUGCAAGACGCCAAAAAGCAGGAGUCCAACCUGCAAGACGCCAAACAGCAGGAGCCCAACCUGCAAGACGCCAAUCUGCAAGACGCCAACCUGCAAGACGCCAAUCUGCAAGACGCCAGUCUGCUGGAGCCCACCCUGCAAGACGCCAAUAUGCCCCAACUACGCAUCUUUGAGCCGCUGCAGCAUCAGCUAUUCCACCACAUAGAACCAUCCCCCGUUGGACGGCUUAAUUCGCUCCGUCAUUUACUGCACUCGCGCUAUCAACUGCAACAUCCAAAUACCCGUCCUACAGAUCCUGCUCGUCCCCAAAAUGUCGCAAAUUCCCUGCCACCUAAGCCUCCUCUGCGAUUACGAAAAGGCCAGCGCUAAAGAUCCAAUUUGAACUACAGGAAAACCCAACCCAAUCCCAACCCAAACGCAACACAUCCCAAAGAAGAACGCUCAGCAUGGAAAUUCUUAAGAUGAACAAACCAAAUUUAUUGUAACCAUUGGCUAAAUGGCAUUGUUUUUUUGUACCCAUAUGUAAAAAGUAAUGGCAGAAA